UACGGAUCGGUUCAGGAUUAAUGGUUCAGGGCCUGAAAUGGCGGGAAAAAGCCCUAAUCAAGACCCGGGAACUGUCCGUCCCGGCUGCCUUUCCUGGUGUCCCCAGCAGAAGAAAUAAGAAUCGCAGAGUUGAUAUUCAACGCAGGAUGUCUACUUCCGGCGAAGAGUUCGCUCAAUUCGACAUCUCCGUGGAGGAAAAGGACAAGCUCGUCGGAGAAGUAAUGCGCUAUGUUCUAUUCAAGACUGAGCAGAGUUCUGGGUGUCCUGUAAAGAGGGAGGAGUUGACUCAAUUGGUCACUGGGAGAAACUAUCGGCAGAGGAAUCUACCUGCUUUCAUCAUCAAUGAGGCCAGGAAUAAGUUCGAGGAAAUUUUCGGUUACGAAAUGAAGGAGCUUCAGCGCGCCCGUUUGUCCACCACUAAUCGCAUCUCUCAGCAAGUUACCAGUGAAGCAAAAUCAUAUAUCCUCAUCAGUAAGUUACCUCCAAAAGCCUACAAGGAGUGCGUGGAGGAUGUGAACAAAUCACCCAUUAACAUCUUCACCUUUGUGGUCAUAAGUAUUAUUUAUCUUGCUGGAGGAAACAUCACAGAGGAAGAUCUUUGGCGUCAUUUGAGACGGUUGGGUUUGACGGAGACAGAUGAAAACCAUCCUGUUCUUGGUAACUUAAAAGUGACAUUGGAGUCACUUGUUCAGAAAAGGUAUGUGCAUAAAGAGAAAGUCCAUGGCCCUGAAGGGAAUGUUAUACAUUACGAACUGGCUGAGCGAGCUCUGGAUGAGGAUAUUAAUAAAAAAAUGAAAGAUCAUAUAAACAAGAUUGUGCAAGAGGAUAUCAUCUCUUUCGAUGAUGAUUAGCUGAUCGUAGCGGCCAGAAAUGCAUAUUGUGCUUUUGAUUUGAAGGUUUGUAAUGGGCGAUGGAUGAGAAGGCCAUAUAUAGGGGAGGAGGAGCAUGUGACAUAGUGACAAUAUAUUCAGCAUGCUUUCCAAAAGGUUCUGCCAAACAUAUAUAGGGGAGGAGGAACCUUUGUAUUAAUCAUGCACCAAUACCACACUUAUUGUGGUGAAACCGCCCAUUAAACAGUCUUACUGGGUUGGAAUGUUACAUGUCAUUAGCCACACAUUUAACCAUGCAUUAAUCACGUACUACAGUUUCAAAACGUUAACCAAUGUUCGAAACACUGAGAGCUCAAAGCAAAAAUUAAAACGUCCAUUAACCGACGGUUGUUCUAUGUUUAGUUCUACCCAGUGGCGGAACUAGGGGAGGCGAGCCGGUGCCGGCGCUCCCCCUUCUCCGACGGUGGUUCUGUAUAUAUAUAUAUAUGUAUAUAUCUCAACCCCGAUUCAGAAAGUAUUCAUAUAUUAAAGUGGAUUCGCUAUUUGAA